UAUAAUACUUCAAUUACUGUCUCCGCAAGCUCCAUAGCCAUAGCCAUAUCCAUCUCUCUCAAGCGCUCUAAACUUGUGCUUCAGAGCUACAUUUGAUCAAUCAAAGAAUGAGCCGAUUAAGAAGGUUUCAGCUGGUCGAGCAGUCACCAUCUCUUUUCUUGAGAGAAUCUUCUCUUCUCUCACUGAGCCCAAGAUUCCCUUCACUUCUCGUUGAAGACGAGCUCGAUGCCGCACUUGAUUUGCUUUGCCCUAGUAGAGCGCUCUUUGAUCUCACUUCCCCGUUUGAUGACUUGGAUGCCGUGACCGAUUUGAUUCAGAUCGAGAGAACCCCGUUUUACAGCGCGGCCCGGCGCCGGCGGGUCGGGUUCGGGUCGGAACGGUACAAGUUGCAGAGCCUAUGUGACCGGGUCUCGGAGCUGGAGCUGGGGUUUGACAGGUUGUUGAAGCAGGAGGAGGAGGAGAAGAAGAAGACGAGAGUUGGGGAGCGGAAGUACACGUGGACGGCGGAGAUCAAGAGCCCGGAGGAGGACGGGCUGGACCGGGCGUACAAGUGGGUGGCGGAGAUUAAGGAUGGGAAGAAGGGAGCAGUUGAGAAGAGCUACAAGGUGAGUGCUGAGAUCAAGGGGAAGGGGGAGGACUCUCCGAUCUCCCGGACCUACACUUUCAAAACGACGUCGGGCAAGAAUGCCGGGGAGAAGAAGAAGGAGGAGGAUGGGGACAAGAAGAAGAAGAAGAAAGCUGUGAGCUGCGCACGUGUUGUUGAGAUUGAAGAGCCCUCCGACCAUGGCGCCAUCAUCCUCAGACAGGCAUAUGCAAAGAGUGUGGAAAAGAAGAAGGGGAAGAGGAAGGAGUUGUCCCCACAAGAUGCAGCCAUGGUAAUACAAAUGACCUUUAGAGCUUAUCUUAUAAGGAGGUCACAGGCUCUACGUGCUCUUCGUGAAUUGGCCAUUGCCAAAACUAAGUUGAAGGAGCUUAGGGCGCUUUUCAACAACUUCUCGUACAGGAGGCAGGUGGCUCGAGAUGCUGAGGAGCGCCAAAGGUUUUCUGAGAAGAUUAUUGUGCUCCUGCUCACUGUUGACGCCAUUGAGGGUGCUGAUGUCAUGGUGCGGGCUACAAAGAAGUCCAUGGUGGACGAGCUAGAAGCAAUGCUUGACGUCGUUGAUCCCCAGCCUGCUGGGAAGAGUGCAUCGAUGAGGAGGAGAACAUUCGACAUGCCUGACAGUGUCAUUCAGAAAGAACUGGCGGCUGGUGUGGCGCAAGUCGUGCGAAUGAUUGAUGAAUCGAAUGGCGGUGAGACCUUCGAGGCGUGCUUGUGAGUCCACUGAUCUGGGAACACUCCUACUUGCUUGCCUUUGAUGGUGUGCUGUUGUUUUCAGUAAUUACUAAUGUGACCUUUUGGCUAAUGGAGAUUAUGUGUAGUAGUAAGUGGAUGAUGAGGUUCUGCCUGUUUAUUAAGGUGUUGUGUAGGGUCUGAGCCAGACCCAUUGGUAGAGUUUUUGAUGAGGUGUUUUGGCUUCUAGAGACAUUGUGUUUGGUGUUUGAUUAUGUGACCUUAAUGUUACUUUGCAACCUUGUAGUGUGUUAAUUGUUGUGCAUUAAGA